AUGAAAAAAGGAUUUAAAGGUUUUGUAACACCUUAUAAAACAGAUACUGCCUCUACUGCUGCUCCUCCUCCUCCCAUUACAAAACCUUCAAAACUUUUUAAAGCAAAUACCACUUCUACUACUUCUACUGCUCCUCCUUCCCUCACAAAACCUUCAAAAUCAUCAAAACCUUUACCAACCAAAACAACAACAACAACUCAAUCCAAAGAUGAAGAUCAAUAUUAUAAAGUAAUGUGGUGUGAAGCAUCAUCAAAGAAACAUAAAACUCAUCUAGAUGGUACAUUGUCUUAUGAUGUAACAAAGAAACAGGCAAUACUUUAUGACGAGACUGGAAAAGAUAUAGGAAGAUCAAAUUUUACGAUUGUACCAACCUUGUCUAUUGGUUAUAAAUCUAAAAUCUCUGGCAAAGAAUACGAAAUUAUAGAAUCUAUAAAGCAAUCUGAAUUUAAAGAAAUCAAAUCAUCAUCAUCAUCAACAUCAACAUCAUCAUCUUUUACAAAGAGUAAAGAAAAAAAGAGAAAAAAAGAUCAACAAGAGGAAGAAGAGGAAGAAAAUAUUAGUUCACUUUCACAUAAUGAUUCAUUUAAAAAUGUAUUACCAAAUAGUACAUUAUUAAAGACACGAACCAAGAUUCUCAGUCCUUUAUUUAAUCCAAAUGCAACAAAUGCAUUUGUAUUGCAUACUCCUACUAUUGAAGAGAUUAAAAACAAUACUGCAACCCAUGUUGUGGUCGAUCCACAUCUCUCAUCAAAACUAAGACCUCAUCAGAGAUUGGGUGUAGAGUUUUUGUAUCAAUGCUUGACGGGAAACAAACAUGAAUAUGGUUAUGGUGCAAUAUUGGCUGAUCAAAUGGGACUUGGUAAAACUCUUCAGGCGUUGACCUUGAUAUGGACAAUGGUACAACAAAAUCCCAAUAGCAGCACCAAGCCAAUGGUUAAAAAGGUGAUCAUUGUUGCUCCUGCCACCCUCAUUGGUAAUUGGCGUUCAGAGAUUAUCACAUGGCUGGGAAGAGAAAAGCUAAAACCUGUGACAUUGUCUGACAAGCUCAAGGUAUCAAAGGCCGAUCAAUUAAAAGACUUUGGAGAAUCACAGACUGACCCAGUUUUAAUCAUAUCGUACGAACAAUGUGUAUCCUAUUCAAACCAACUCGAAAAGCUUUCCGAUAUUGGUCUUUUAAUAGCAGACGAGGGUCAUCGUAUAAAGAAUGCAACAACAAAGACUGCCAUGGCAGUAAAUUCAAUUAAAGCAACUCGACGAAUCAUUCUUUCUGGAACACCAAUUCAAAACGACCUCUAUGAAUUUUAUGCAAUGGUCGACUUUGUCAAUCCUGGUGCCCUUGGAACGCCAAACGAGUUUAGACGUGAUUUUGCUACACCAAUUCAAAAGAGUAGAGAUAGUAAUUCAAAUCAAAGGGAAAAGGAUCAAGGUAUAUUAAAAUCAAUUCAAUUGGCAAAAAUGACAAGUUCUUUUAUCCUUAGAAGAAAAUCAAAUGUAUUGGAAAAAUAUUUACCUCUUAAAUCUACACAAAUAAUAUUUUGUAAAAUGCCAAGUACACAAAGUAAAAUUUAUCAAGAAACUAUAAACUCUUUUGCAGAAAAGGAUUUUUCAUUAUCGAAUAUUAUAUUGUUGAAAAAAUUAUGUAAUUCAAAGGAUUCAGGAAAAUUAUUAUUUGUUGGUGAUUUGAUUAAAUCUUUACCUAGAGGAGAAAAGAUUGUUCUAGUAUCCAAUUAUACACAAACUUUGGAUAUUUUUGAGACAUUGUGCAAAGAAUUGUCAUUUGGAUUUUUGCGUUUGGAUGGCCAAGUGGAAGCCGACUCUAGACAAUUUUUAAUUACAAAAUUCAACGAUCCAGCAGACCAACAUAAAGUUUUCCUUCUCUCUGCCAAAGCUGGUGGUGUUGGAAUCAACUUGAUUGGUGCAAAUCACAUUGUCCUUUUCGAUCCUGAUUGGAAUCCGGCAGUUGACUUGCAGGCAAUGGAGAGAGUUUGGAGACAGGGGCAAGAAAAAAAUUAUUUUGACAAGGGAGGAUUCACAACAGACGAAUUAAAAGAUAUAUUUUCUUUCAACUCAAAUACCUCUUGCGAAACUCAUGAUCUAUUACAGUGCAAGUGUUCAUGUCCUUCAAAUUCACUCGGUGGUGGUGGUGGUGGUGGUGGUUCAAAACUCGCUUCUUACAAGAAUGAUGUCAUCAAGGGCAUAGACCAUCAUCAAACUUGGUUCCAUUUGAAUCAAAAUUAUAUCCAACAAAUCAAAAAUCAAUCAAUCAAUAUUUCUCCCAUUCUCUUGUCUGACCUUUUUACAAAACAUAUCAACUAUAUUUUUAUUAAAAGACCUCAAUCUAUUAAUCAAGAUAUUGAUAUUGGUGAAUCAUUAUCUUUUUUGGAAGAAACAGAACAAAUUGAAGAAGAAAAACAAGAAAUGGAAGAAGAUGAUGAAGAAGAAGAAUAUAUAGAACCAACAAAAACAAAAAGAUUAAAAAAACAAAAAAUUUAG